GUCCCGGCGGGAAAGAUCGAAGGGAAAGGGUUCGAUCGAUCAAAGAUCUCUGGAUCACCAUGCCACCAAAAAAGAGCAAAGAGACAAAGGUAUGGUGUUUCCUGGUACUAAACGUGAUUCUGAUUUCUUAAACUCGUGUUUGUACGUGUCCAUAGGCGAAGUUCUAUGUGGGUAACGAUCAAUAUGUUUCUCGCCAUACAUUUGUUCGUUCAGAAAUACGUAUCUCGCGGACCAAGCGAUCAUUGUAUAGACAGAAAACAACCUCGUGCUAAUCAAAAUUGUUUGCAACGCUGCUAAACGUUAUUUUAUGUAACAUCAACUGCUUAGUAACGGCUCACUUGCUUUAGUGCACACAAAUCGACCAUGCAUACCGCCAUCUUUGCACUUUAGCGAUGUCACGUGGUUUCUAAGUAGGGAAAAAACCGGGGAGAAAUCCCAUAAAAAGUGACGGGGAUGCUCGUCGACUCGCUUAGGGAUGUAAAAUUGCAGUUUUUGGUCUUACAUAGUUUUUCGGGGAUGGAAAGCCACUAUAUUUGCCCAUUCUUAUCACUUAGGGCUGUGCAUAAAGAAAUUUACAAAAAUGCUGUGAUGUACAUGUAUGUUUUAGUAUGGUCUACUUUAGGGGCUGGUCAGGUUAAGCUUCAACUACACCCAGAUUGGUCUCCCUUACGGGUCUAGUUUUAAUUUUCCGAUGAGAAUCCCCGUCACUUUGAUAUGGAAGUUCCCCCUGGGGGAAACAAGUACUGUCGUAAAAUCUGUCAAUGCAAGCAAUCACAGUCAAGGUUAAAGACCUGCCAACUCCCAAGAGUCCCAAUCUCCUGGUUUUCUGGAGAAUAUCGUUCUGAAAUGAAAAGUUAUCUUUUUGAAUGAAACUGGAAAUUUCGUGGGGAAUGCUAGUGCCUGUUUAAGCCUUUAUGGCACUUUUUGGCCACCCGGAGAAAUCUCAGAUAGAUAGAAGGGGAUCAAGCUCCUAUACAAAACAUGUGCCAUGGCUUUAAUAUUUUGCUAGUGAGAAAAAGGAAAUGACCUUAAGAUAUGCUUGGUUGCCUUUGGAAAAUGGUAAAUAUAAUUGUUUAGUUUUAAAUAGGUGAGGCAUUAUUAGUCUUCUUUGCAACUGCUCUGGCAAGAGUCCCUCAAGCUUCCCGCCCCCACUUGGCUGCUUCAAACCGAUGUACAUUCCUUUCCUAAGAUACAGCCAAUCAGAGUGCGGCUUUCAUUUUCUUGUGAAUGCUCGCACCAUAAUUGUCCAUCACUCACCUUGCUCCUUUUAUUUGACUAGAUCGCAGUGUCUUUGGCAGAUCUCAACUCUUGUAGUAUGGAAAUUUGGUAUACAGGCUUUUAAUUUGCAUCAGAAAUUAGCAAUUGCAGAGUUAGUUGAAAGAAAAAUUAACAUUUUUAUUAAUUUUGCAGACUGGCUUCGGAAAGUCUCUAAUUUUUCUUAGCAUUGCUGCAAGUCACCGACCACACAUCAUUUUUAUUCUAUCCUGCAAGCAACACUUGGAGCUGAAACUAUCGUAUACCUGCCAACUCUCAUGCCUGCAGGUUGAAAACUUCGAUCUCACGCUUGCUGGCCAAUUUCUCAUGCCUGAUUGAAAAAUGUGAGUUGUUGCCGUCUUGCUUGACACAAUUUCCAAAAAUAUGUUAACUCAGACCCAUGUAAGGAACGAAAACCAUGUGUAAAAUGAAUAAAUGACAAUACCUUCCUCGUGAUCUCUGAUUUUGUGGAUAAGCGUUUUCUCAAUGACUUCGCCUUCGGCAGUCUUCGGAAGACUUCCGACUUCUUCGGACGACUUCGGACUUCUUCGGGAAUCUUCGGAAAUGAUCGUGUCGUCUUCAAUCCCAAGAAAAAAAUCUCACGCUUAUAUCUCAGAAAAAGUUGGCAGGUAUACUAUUGUCAAAACAUAACAGGAAAUUAUUACAUGCAUGGUCAAAAAAACUACGCGUACAUGUAUGUAGGUAUUCUGUUCCAAGCAUUUCAGAGAAAACCUAAGAAACUAAAAUCUUUAUUGAACAGCUAUUUAGCCGUAGUUAAGCUCAAAAAGCUCAAGGCUUUAAGAGAGGUCAAAGAAAAUCAGUGCUCAACUGCAUCUACAUGUAAGAUCAAAUCCUGUCAGAAAAAUCCACAGAAGUGUAAACCAGGGGAACAAAACAGACCAGCUUCAUGACCUCUAUUAAAAUGUCAUUGAGACAUAAAGUGCAGACUGUCAAAAUUUGCUGUAAUCAUAAGGUGUUCUUACCAGUAAUGAAACAAUGCACUAAUUAAGUGAAAAAAAAAACAGACACACACACCCAAGAAACAACAGUACAUGUGUAUGAUCAAAAAAUGAUUUUUUGGGGGAAUUGGGCUAAGUUCUAAACUAAUACAGUCGAACCCUGCUUUAUGGACCCCCACUCAUUAUGGACACCUCAUCAGACAGUUUUCUUUGUCCCUGGGGAAAGAAAGCCCCUUACAUUUUCCCUAAAUUCAAACCGCUCAAUACGGACAUUGAACUUUUAAUGUGGACAACUGACACUUUUUUCUUGCGCAAUGAACAGAUUCUCAUAUAAAGUCAACCUCACUAAUACACUGACACUUUAUUGUCCACUAUGUGCUGUAGUAAAUCUUUCUUCUUUGAAGGUCAAAAAACUUUCAAUUGACCUCAUGUCCAUGUUCCCAGCACUAUAGUACACCAGAUAGGAUGAAUUGGGGACGACUGAAUGAUGAUGAAUUUUAGACUAUUUCGACAUAAAUCAAGUUAUGCAGAGAACAGUUUUUGAUUACGCAAUAAUUUAUAAUGGGGGCUCUUUGUCGAGACUUUUGAGUGUUUUCUUGGACAUACAGCUGUAGUCUGCAGAAUAUAAUGGCUUGGUGAUGUGUAGAGAUGUUUUAAUAGUUUGUUGAUGCUAGUGUUCUGUUCUAUUUCUGUAGUAUUGACUAAAUAGAAAGUGUAUUAUUGACUUUGAUGACAGGACCAGGGUUGUCACUAAGAUUUCAAGUUGCCGGGUAAACACAACAAGUAGGCGGGGAAAUCAAACAGCUAGGGAUUUCUUUUGGUUCUAUUUUUCUUCUAUUUUCCAAUAAAAGUAGCCGGGGGCCACUCUCUUGGUAGCCGGGGAAAAUCCCCGGCCCCCGGCUCUUAAUGACAACCCUGCAGGACCCUCUUAAUAUGGACACCAUGUUUAUAUGGAUGCUUUCUAUGGCCCCUUCAUUGUCUGUAUUGGCAGGGUUUGACCAUCCCUUGGGGGAAGGGGAGGGGUACUCCCCUAUAAAAGUGACGGGGGCUGCUCGUCAGAAAAUGUUGAGAACACCCCUAAAAGGUACCAGAAUCUUGUUUUAUGGGCGUGACCCAAAUUCAUUUCAACCCCUAAGAGAUACCAAAUCAACAACAACAAAUUAUAUAACUGGAACUGCAAAUUUUAACAGUAAUUUAAAGAUAACUUGCAGACACUUUGUUCUCGAAGACUUUUUGAAAGUAUUGUCACAAAUCUUACCGAGACAACUCUUGCAGCAGUCAUUUUAGUUUUUGGCACCCUAAGCAGUACCAAUUCACAAAUUUAAACCCCUAAAAGGUACACGAGCACCCCUGUCACUUUUAUAGGGGAGUACCCCCCAGGUUGACUGUACACAGAAAAAUAAUCUGGGUUGGCAUAAUUCUGACCAAAGCUCACUUACAUGACUUGCAAAUGACUGUGUUUUAGAAUGUUAAGGGGAAAGGAAAACGUCCAGCCAAGAAAAGCAAAGCUAGUGAUGAUGAACCUGAAGCUAAGAAAUCUAAGAAAGAUGAUAGUGAAUCAGAAGACUCAAAUGUAGACAAUGUGGAUGAAGAAGAAACUGACUUUUCAUGUGCUACUUCAGAUAAGUAAGUAAACCACAGUUGUUGACUGUACAAUAAUUAACUCAUUUGGACCUCGGAAUUUUGCCGAAAAAUAUGUUUUUGAAGCUAGUUGAGCGGUUUUCUAGUCUGUCUGGCUAUAAAGAGCUAAAACUUACCACAAAGCUGUUUACAUGUCGUACACUUCUCAGCCUUCUGAUCCAGUUGUAAAAUAUUAGCUUGCAAAGUACAGGCAUGCGUAGGAAGCAAACUUUUGAGAUUGUUUUCGGGUUUAAAAGUGAUCAACACAGCAUUCUUGACUUUUUCUUUUCAGUUUCUCUCCUCCCUUCGUCAUCCUCUUUUCUUGGUUAAUAUAUAUUUUUUCUUUUGGUGGGCAUUUAGUAGGCUUCAGUUUGGUGGGAACGUUCUUGGGAAAGCUCCUAGGAUCUAAGGAUUAGGUGAAAGAGCGUCACCCUGCACAAGUUGGUUGACCAUUAAAACUGAUAAUGUUACAAGUGGUAGAAGGGAUGUGGAUCCGCCUGGGUAGUUACGGGCGGUUCAGGGAUGAUUGGGUUUAUUUUUGUUCAACAAAAUAUUGCAACACAAUAACAUAUUGGUGUGGUGCUUAUUCUGGUCCAAGGUUUUUUCCUUGCUACCAUCAGUAUGACCCUGUAGUAUGACUGUUAGUGUUUAUUUGUUAAAAGAAAACAUCUACAGAUCUUCACGUACACUGUAGUUAGGACAAGCUGCCAAGUUACUUACUAAAUAGUAACAUGUUUCUUUUAGAAAAUGGAACUUUAAGAUUUCUAGCUGGAAUGUAAAUGGUAUUAGAGCAUGGCUGGUAAGUAAAUUGAUACAAAAUACAUUUAGCUGUUCUCUUUUUUUGACCAAAAUUUUAUGUACUGCAACAUGUUUUUGUUUUGAAGGCUAACACUAAAUUUCUUUUCCUCAGAAAAAUGGCUCAGCAUCAUAUGUGAAAAAUGAAGAUCCAGACAUAUUCUGUAUUCAAGAGACUAAAUGCCAAGAGAAAGAUGUUCCCAAGGUUUCCAUCUACAGUUUAUUUUACUUUUGUUACUUAACACAUGUGGUUUAUUACACUGUUUACAUAUCUUCCUUCCUGGGGGCGGGGCGGGGGGGGGGAUUAUUGCAUAACAAGGCUGUGCUUUAAUUAACAAUUAAUGAAUGAGGCCGAGUAGGAUAUGAAGAAUUAAGCAGAUCAAGGAGGGUAUUAUCCACCGAGGCCAAAGGCCGAGGUGAAUAACACCCUCUGACAUCUGCUUAAUUCAUCAUAUCCUACGAAAGCCGAAUUCGUUAUUUGCUUUAUUAUUCAUUCAUAAUAAUACCUAGUUUAAAAACGUAGCUAAAACAUGCUUACCUGCAUCAAUGUUAAGUUUAUCUUCGAUAGUGUACGUUUAGAUUUGUCCAGUUCCAUAAAUAUUCUCCAAAUAGCAGAUGUCGCCCUCUGAGUUGUCUUCUUGCUGUUUUCGCUAUGUUUUUAGCCAUUAUUUCGCCUAGUUUCGGCUGUAGUUCUUACUCUUGAAAUGAGUGAAGUGUCCGCCAUUUUAGUUGUCACAACAAAAACAACUCAACGUCAUCCCCAGGUCUUCUCGGUUAACGGUGCAUUAACCUGUAGAGGUUUGCAUUUUUGACGUCAUUUCCUCAUUAAACACAAAAUUCUUCCAAAUUUGGUCAUUAGUAACUGGUUAUGGUGAAUUAUGCGUGUGCUUUUAGCCAAUCAGAAUUGUGGAAAUAUUUUGAAUGAACAAUAAUAAAAUAUUAAUAUUGAAGGGAGCCCAAUGUUUUCAACCUGUGAAACCCAGGGUGCCCUUAUAGCACAUGUUUUUUUAUGAUUAAAUAUUUUCUAGUUUCCCAAGAGCAAAUGUUUGACUGUACCAGGGACCACUGGGUGCCACUAGAGCAUGGGUCAUCAUUGCUGUAAGGGAAAGAAACUCUUGGAUUUGUACCAAAGCUUAAAAGUGAAUUUCAGUGCAUUUUGAGCGAGCAGGAGAAGAAUUUGACUCAUGAGAAUGGAAUCUUUAAUUAGCCAUAUUUGCUUUACUAAUAAUUAUUUUCAAUCAGAUUUGUUUUCAUGGAAAAAACGUUUUGCACUAAUACAUAUCCAACAGUUUUUAGAAUUAUGCUAUUUAAAAACGAUUAUUUUCUGUGAGUAGGGGGUGCUUUCUUGAUGAUCAGGUGGCAAUUUUUGCCAGUCACUGGAACUUCUGGAGAACCCCACCUUUUUUGGUACUGUCUCUUACCUCAAGCUUGCAGCUUUUUAUAGAUUCAGUUCUGUUUCCCCCUUUUCUGAAUGUGAUGAUGUUCCCCAAUAAUAUUAUCUUAUUAUUUUUUAGCCAAAGCCGUGUAAUAUAAAAUUCUUGUAUUUGUUUUGUUUGUUUCUCUUAUUGACCUGUUUUGUUACUGACAAGUCUUAAUUUUGUGCUGUUUUAGGAGGUCAGAUUUCCUGGAUAUCAUACCUAUUGGGCUGAAGCACAGACAAAAGGUUACAGUGGAGUUGGGUGAGUAUGUAAAUCCAAUAAAGCAUUAUUUUUCUAAAGUGAAAAGUAUUGUUUUGUUUGUCAAACGUGCAAGUCUUUUGUACAGGUCCAACGUCUGAAAAUAAUUUCAAAACACAUAUCUCUUUAAAGUCAUUCUUAUUUAGAAUAAUAAUAAUAAUUUUUAUAAUAUUAAUAAUGAUAAUUAUAGUACUUUAAUUAUCCUUUUGAUCUCCCCUUAUGGGGCUUUUCAGGGAUAAUGAAACAAAUGAUUUACUGUAAAUGGAACAUAACAUUAUUAAAACAACCAACUGGUAGGAGGUGAACCAGUUGGCAAAAUCUAGGUAGUGGCCAGGGCAGGACAUGAACUUGGGGCCUCGGAAUUACAAGUCCAGCAUUUUAACUGCUCAGCCACCCUGAAUGACAUGGAGUGCAAAAAAAUUUUGAAAUUUCCUGGGUUUGAUUGGUUAGCCAUGUGACAUUGUGGAUUAUUGUACAAUGCAUAUUUAAAAAAUUUGCUACCUUUUACAAGAAAAGGCCAGGGUUUUUGUUUCACCCUUUGUACCCUCAGUUACUUGAUUUCAAUUAGUGGCACCCUAUCUGGGGCUGGAUACUCAGAACUGAUUCUCCUCUUUUUAGAACCAGCUUUUUUACGGCAUUUUAGUGCUCAUGUGCUUUCUUUGAAUAUGCAUUCCAAAUAAUUAUGUAGGUUGUUAGCUUAUCCAUGCUUGCCCUGCAAACUGUAUGUUGUCAUAAUUUUUCUUUUUAUUUUUUUAUAGUUAGAAAUGCAUUAUUAGAGUGGGCAUUGACAUGCAACACCAAAAAUUUAUGUAAUGACUGUUGUCAUGAAAGUACAUGCAGCCGUACAAAUUUAUUGCAAAAACAGUUCAAGAAGGCAGGACAUUUGUUCAAAGAAUGACUAGAGUGGUUAAAGCAUCCCAAAAACAUCCAUCAAGAGGCCAAUUUACUUGUACAAAGUCCAGUAUUCAGUUUAUGCAUAAAUUAUAGCCUCACUAAACACAAUAUCUCGAAAUUCCAUUACUGUAUUAUUAUGCUUGUGCAUAUGAAUCAAGGUUUUUUUAAAUUUUCACCUUAUAUUACCAGUCGUAAAUUUAUGUUAGGGCGAUGUUUUUAUUUGCUUUUUUUUCCAUAGGAAGUCUCUGCUCAGGCUAAAAUGAUUGUGUUUGCUUUCAGAAGGCUAGCUCUUUGUUGUAAAGCCUAUUCCAAGUAUACCACAUACACCAAAUCAUUGUAGUAAUUACAUUAAUUAUUAAAUUGAUAUUCUUUUGAUUAUGUAUUUUAUUUUAGACUCUGCAGCAAGACAAAGCCAUUGAAUGUAUCCUAUGGUAUAGGUCAGUUGAUAUGUUUUAGAUGUUGUAGCACUGUGAGGCUCAAGGUUUUCCUUUACUUGUCAUGUACAUGGAUUAAUAUUUUUUAAUAUUAUUUAUAUUUUAUUUACUCUGAACACUGACACAACGGUUUUUAUUUGCUCAUUUCUAAAUUUGAAAAAUGUCAACCUGAAUUUGCUAUGAACUUUAUUGUAAAUCUCUGUUAUUUGUGCAUUUUCCUGGAAAUUACAAUGUAAGUAUUAACAUUAUAAUAUAAAUGGUAUCUAAUGUAUGGUUAUGUAGGAAUAAGGUACUAAGUGUCUCCUGAUGCAAUCUCUAAUUCUCUUUUUGAUUGACAAACACAUAAAGGAAAAUUGAAAGGAGAAUCUAGCAGUUUAUCAGAAGUCACUUGGGAAUUAAUUGCUUGUACAGUCAACUUUCACCCUGCAGGAAUGUCUCUUUUACAGAUAAAAAUAAACAGCAAUGUCACUAUGUGUGGCAAAGAGUCAAAACGUAUCAUGUUUUUUUCAGGCAUUGCAGAGCAUGACAAUGAAGGAAGAGUUAUAACAGCUGAAUUUAAGGAGUUUUAUUUAGUGGCAUCAUGUGAGUAGUCUUAUACUAAUGUACAUCGCCAAAUGCUUACUAAUACAAGGGCUAUCACUACUGGUAUUAUUACUACAGUACUAUAGCUGUACAGUACAGUGUACUGCUGUGAUGUCAACGAUGACAACCACAUCCACUACCACAGCAUUCCCUCAUAGUUUAGCAAAAUCUUUAUUAUUAUUAUUAAUUUUUUUACAUUUAAAAGGUAACUUGUUGAAAAUAAAUGUUACCGUAUGUAUUCUUUUUAUUCUCUUUUAGAUGUACCCAAUGCAGGGCGUGGUCUUUCAAGGUAAGUACAGUUUGAAGAAGAAUAAGAAAGGGUCAAGGAUCAUUACUUCCACGUCAGGAAGACAGCCAACGUACGACACGUGUGGACCACAAGUGUCUUACGUUGGUUGAGAACAUAUAGAGGGCCACAGGUUUAACAGUUCUCGGAACUGAAUUUUCUUCUAACAAUGUCAGUACAUCAUCAACGGAAAAGGUUAUGAGAGUUCAAAAUGAUCACUUGUAAAAAAACACUCUGAUUCUUUGUCAAAUUCCAUCCACGAAUUCUUUAAGUUUUUUCUUCAGUUUGGAGAAUGAGUCAUAAGCCCUUUCGGAUAAAGGCCCCUCCGUUGACCGGUAUAAUAAGCCCUCCUAAGCCCCCACCCCACUACGAAAGGUUUAUAAGCGACAGUUUACGUUAUUCUAUUUUCUUCUGGUUGUCCCUCUCGUCAAAAACUAACAUGUCCAAAUUCUCAUUCGAUCUGGAAAGUGUGUCGCUAGUUGGCGACUCUUAAAAGUCCCCACUAAGGCUUAUCAGUUCUCGAUUGAAUUUAUCAAGCGUUUUUCACUUUACACGUCCUUGCCUUGUAGGCUUGACUACAGACAGGGUUGGGAUAAAGACUUCAGGGAUUACCUCAAGAAUCUGGACAAAAACAAACCUGUUAUACUGUGUGGUGACCUUAAUGUUGCUCACAAAGAGAUAGGUUAGUUUCUGGCUGUUAAUCCUGUUAAUCAAUUAUUCUUCUGUUUAAAAAAUACGUGCACACGAGGUUUUAUGUCUCCACCCAUAACCGUACCGAUAGAUUGGGAACAAGCUUUUCACACAACGAUUCCUGGGACCGAACAAGCGUUAGUUACAAUUUUUCAAUGUUUUCCGAACUAAGAAGUUCCCAUAAUAAGAUCCCAUCACCCUAAAACCUUUUAGACACCUUAUGAAGUUUACACAAAUUAGUAUUCCUUAUCGCUUCCACACUAUACAUCCACACCACUGGGGAAACCGAAGCCAUGAGGAAUACUAUGUUGUGUAAACUUCGUAAGGUUUCCAAGGGGUUUUAGGCCGAUGUAAACCAAUGCUAACCCCAUUAACCAAUAAUGGCUUGCAUUUUCUACCCAAGUAAUCCUAAAAAACUUUCUACCAAUUCUCCUGUAGACAGUAGAUUUUGGAGAACCCUUUCCAUGUCAAAACCGCUGAUAACUGAUAUUACAUUUAUUUUCUCCCUCUCCUUUCUUAAAGACUUAGAAAACCCAAAGACCAACACAAAAAAUGCUGGUUUUACAAAAGAAGAAAGACAAGGCUUCACUGAACUGCUGGAGGAAGGCUUUAUUGAUUCGUUCCGUCACUUUUAUCCUGACAAACCUAAAGAGUAUUCAUUUUGGUCUUAUAUGAGAAACGCCCGCGCAAAGAAUGUUGGCUGGUAAGCUAGUUAUAACGCGUUAUUAUUUGCGAAGUGUCUUAUCCAUACUUUAGCUUGACCAGCGGUGAGGACAAUGAGAACGUCAUAAAGAAAUAGAUUUAAUAAGCAAAACAACAUCAGUACUGUACAGUACCGCAAAUGAUCCCCAAAAUGGGCAGCAAAUGAUUCUCGACCGUAAAUGAUCCCUAAGAUGGACCGCAAAUGAUCCCGUGAAAAAUUGACGAAUGGAAUGGAUCUUAGUUGGAUAUUGGAUGAAGAAUGGGGUGUUUACAACGUAACCUUCGAGGGAAAAAAGGAACCUUUUCUUCUCGCCCUCUAAAGAAAAAAGGAAGGAGGACGCCGGAUCACAGGUUAAUUUAUACAGCGCGUAAAACAAAAAAGAAUAAAUAUGAAAAGGAUAUGGUAUCAACCGUGAUACAACUCACUUUGACUCUGAAGAUGACUACCGCACAGGUUGUCGAAACGUCAGUCACUGUCAACAACAACACUCCUAUUCAGGACUACGUUCACCCGGACGAUAAUUCUUAUUUGUCGUUUGCGGUCCAAGCUGGGGAUCAUUUACGGUCGAGGAUCAUUUUAGGUCAUUUUGGGGAGCAUUUGCGGUACUGUACAGUACUUUCGCAUCACAAGGCGCCUUUCGGUUCAUUCGGUUGCCAUCGCUGCACUACUAAACUUCGCACUUGAUGCCCGGGUACUGUGCCCGAGUACGGUACUCGCUCGGCAUUAAUCUAAUACAAGAGAGGAACUGCGGUCUUAAAUCGAUUCGUCCGAUAACAUUACAACACUCUACAACAUGGUAAACCUACUUCGCCGAGUUGUUAUUUUAGUUAACUUUGGAUUCCACAUGUGCAGUCACUGUCUUUCCAUGCUUGUUCCUUUUUGUUAGGCUUAAAGAACGACAAAUACAAAUCGGGCGAAUCGACGUAGUCUGGGCGAAUUGCCAUCUGGCGAAUUGACCUUUGGGCAAAACGACCCGAUACCCAAGAGAGAACCAUCUAGCUUAUUCUAUCUUGUCUAAUACCAUGUUGAAAGACUGAAGCAAGGGUAGUACAAACACAAAAAUAUGGGAAUAGAGCGACUUUCGUAUUACCUUAAAAUGAAAACGCGCGAACAAACAGAAACAACAAACGAACGGAAAUAGAUCGAUUUGAUUGGUUUGUCUAACGGAUACAAACGCGCGUGGCUUUUGGUUGGUUAAGCGAACCCCCGGGUGUAAAAACUUCAUGCUCGAAGAACUUUCUAGAAAUCAAUCGAUCCUUAGCUUUGACGGUUACACUACAACUCGAUUGGCUAAUCGAACAAUGUCUUUUACAUAUUAGGGUUUUCUUUGGCGGGAAAACCAGGAGUCCAUGUUUUGAUCUUUUCAUCCAUUGGCUGAUAAAACAAAUAACGAUCACUUACCGAAGUUUUCAAGGUCACACGAAAAUCGCUUAUAUUGCAGAGAAAAAGGCAUCGUACACAAAUUUUGAUGGGACGUACGAUCAUUCUCACAGGAGGGAAACUUCGUUUGCGGUCUCUUAUUGGGUCAAACUGUUUUCCAUACCAGUGGCGAAAGACACCGCUUGAUCAAACUCUCAGUUACUCAACUUGAGGCUGAGUGACACUUUAAUACGAAAGUAUCAUUCUCUAUCAAUACUCUAUUAUCACUGUGAUCUGCUCUGGUACUUACCAUUUACAGUGAAAACCCGAAAAUUCCGGUUGGAAAAUCAAAUGGUUCGUGCCAUUCCACUCAUUUUAGAUUGUUCAGCUGAUUUGGAUUGUAGCGGGUCGUUCUCCCACCAUGUCAAAUUUUCUUGUUUAAUGUUUAUGCACAAGAUUUCCACCCGGGUGGUUUGUUUAAAUGGUAAGCAUCCCUGCAGGGCUGCCUUUAGCGUAAACUCGAGAAUUUUGGUUAAUAAUAUGAUAACUUUUUAUUGCAGGCGUCUUGAUUACUUUGUGGUGUCCGAGAGACUGGUACCUAAACUAUCCGAUAGUCUGAUCCGUCAGCGUGUUAAAGGAAGUGACCACUGUCCAGUUGUUUUGCUGCUGGCUUUUUAGAAAUAGAUAUAGAAAUAACACUUAAAAAAUUUUAAAACCCUUAUCUUCUGUUUUGUUACCAUGUUAGCAAAGACUGCACAUUACCCUGCGCGACUAUUGUUGUACUGUUUUUAAUGUUAGGGGCAUACAAGAGUUAUGAUGGGUCCAAUUAAUGUAAUUGCAUGCUUUAUGACACUAUAAGCUUAGGCGUAAGUCCAUGUUUAAAAGACCUGUUCUCGCAUUCCUCUUAACAAAGGCACCUGCUUAAGGCUUGGGUUGACAAAGUAUCGGCAUUGAUUUGUAUGAAAUUGUCCACUUAAACUUGGAUCUGAAAGGUCUGUUCUUCCGCUCGAAAAUUAAAUUCAGUGUCCGCCGCUAGAUAUGAGUCAAACGUUACUACGAAUAAAAAGUUUGACUGCGCUUAGCGUCAACGUUACCGUUAAACUACAGGACAUUCUUGUUUGUAUGUUCAACUUUCGACGAUCUUUUUCUGUUUUCUUUCAUCAUAAUUAUUUGCCAUCCCUUGUUACGAUAGCAAGAUGAAAGGGAGUACCGUGUACACAUGGGGGUGGGGGAGCCGGUUCACCAUUCACUUUGGCCC